AUGCCAAUUGAUCCAGACCUUGACAAGCUUUUCCAUUCCUUGCUCACAAAGGAUGAUUUGUCUGGAUAUGAAGAUCCAGAGAAGUUCCAGAAAUGGAUUCCAAAGAUCAAAGCAUAUCGCCAAAGACUAGAUGAAUCAAUACCACAAGAGCUCAAAGUGGAACUUCCUGAACCAAUCGAAAAAUUGCAAGCUGAUCAAUUCAAUGCAUUGAAAUAUCUAUACGAUGAAAAGUUGUUGUCCCCUCGUGAGUUUGAAAUAACCGAUUGUCCAGGAACUUCGAUUGUAGGAAAGAUUGCGUUAGGGCAGUGGACAUCUGUUGAAGUGUUUCAAGCCUUUGCAAAACGAGCUGUGUUGGCUCAUCAAUUUACAAAUUGUGCGGUUGAAUUCUUCAUUGACGAAGGGCUCGCCAGAGCCAAGGAGUUGGACGAAUAUUUCAAAACCCACGGAAAGACAGUGGGCCCUCUUCAUGGUUUGCCAAUCUCCUUAAAGGAGCAUAUCUCUCUCAAGGGAAGAAUCGGCCACUCGGGAAUUGUGUCAUUAUUAGAUAACAUUGCCGAUAAAGAUGCCAUCACUGCAACCGUUCUUUACAAACUAGGUGCGGUAUAUUACGUCAGGACCAACGAGCCGCAAUCGUUGUUGCAUUUAGAUUCAGGAAACAAUAUAACUGGAUUUACCAAGUGUCCAUACAAUCUUCUUUUAUCAAGCGGUGGCUCUUCCUCAGGAGAAGGUGCAAUCGUUACUUUUGGUGGAAGUGUCCUUGGAGUGGGUUCAGAUAUUGGCGGUUCUAUAAGAUCUCCAGCAGCAUUUUCGGGAUGUCAUGGCCUAAGACCGACAUCAAGAAGGAUAUCGGCAAGAGGAGUUGUUGGAGAGUCAGGGGGUCAAGAAAGUGUUGUUGGUGUAAUUGGUCCGUUGUCGAGGACUAUUGAUGAUAUUGAUUUGUUUAUGAAGCUGUACAUCAAUGUGGGUACACCUUGGCUCCACGACCCCUGGAGCUUGCCGAUUCCAUGGCGCAGUGUUCCUGCACCCUCUUUGUCCAAGUUGAAAAUUGCUGUUGUCAGAGAUGAUGGCGUGUGUAGAGUGUCACCACCAAUACGCAGAGGAUUGAAUGAAGUUGUUGAGAAAUUGAAGCAGGCUGGUGUGGAAAUAAUCGAGUUUGUGCCAAAAAAGGGAAGAUUGGCUUAUGAUGUUGCCACAAAGCUAUCCAACUGUGACGGUAAUAGAGCUUUGCGAGAGGACUUUGCGGCUUCUGGGGAGCCAUUGCCUAGGUUGACAAAGUGGUACUUGAAUGAGGGUGAUGGGGCUAAAGAGUACACAGUUUAUGAAAAUCGAAAGUUGAAUGCGAUCAGAGACCAACUAAGGGAAGAGUAUAGUGACUUCCUUUUGGAGAACAAUAUCGAUUUCUUCCUUGGUCCAGUUUAUAACAAUGUUGCUCCUAAAUCAGAAGAGGUUUACAACGAGUCGUACACUUUGAUUUACAACUUGCUUGAUUUUCCAAGUUUGGUAUUUCAAACGGGCUUGUUUCAAGAUCCAAAGAUUGAUGUGUGGACUAAAGAGGAUUUGAACUACCAGUACAGAAGCGGUAUGGAGGAGUUAGAGAAUAGAGGUUACGAUCCUAACCAGUUUGCUGGGGCUCCGAUUGCACUUCAGUUAAGCGGCAGAAGAUAUUGCGAUGAGGGGGUGGUUGCAGCCUCUAAAGCAAUUGUGGAGUAUCUUGGUGUCGACUUGUUAAAGCUUCAGAAUUAA